AGGAAAGCAGCUACAAGACAUGUCAAGGUUUCGAUCGUUGUUGCAAGCCUCAGUAAAUGCCACAAAGAAGGCUCUUACAUGGAACGUUGAAGAAUGGGUGCCACCUGCAGAGAAGCAUAUAUUUAAGUUCCACUCGAAAGAGGACUUAAAGAAAUGGCAUCUCUAUUCCGAUUCUGAAUAUGGAGGAUUAUCUUCGGCUUCCUUGGAGAUCCCAGAUAAAGAAGAUGGAUCAGAUUGCACUGGAAUUUUCUCGGGGAACCUAUCUGUAGACCUUAGUGAAGGAUCAAAAUGGAACAUCAGUCGAAGUGGUUUCUGUGGAAUGCGCUCAAAGAAGUUUGAUGGCUUCAUUGAUCUCGAUGGGUAUGAUGCAAUAGCCCUGAGGCUGAGAGGAGAUGGAAGAUGUUAUAUCUCUACCAUCUAUACCGAAAACUGGGUGAACUCACCAGGACAAGCUGAAGAUAACUCGUGGCAAGCUUUUGUUUUUGCUCCAAAGGACAGUUGGUAUACAGCUAAGGCAAGUCCUACUACUUCUAUAGAUAUUCCUCUAGCUCGAUACUUGCCAACAUGGAGAGGAAAUGUUAUAGAUGUGGAAAUGGAGAUGAAUCCAGGUCGUGUUCUGGGUAUGUCACUGUCCGUAAACGCAGAAGGUGGUGCGGUUGGAGCUAAAUCAGGAGCAGGUGAUUUCCGAGUAGAAAUUGACUGGAUCAAAGCCUUGAGAUUGCCGUAAAUGUUGAACAAUAUAGCAAUGUAUGAUGUUUUUGUUGUUCUUGGUUUUAGCUUGUAAAAACCAGGCCUGAGUUGAUGAUACUUGGUGGCCAAAAGAUUGUUGCAUUGUCUUGCGGCAAAGUUGGUUUUCACAUUGAGCCAUGUUUUUACCAUGUCAUAAAAUAAAAAUCCAACACAAAU